UGAGUUGGUUUUAUAUUUUUUUCUUCCGUGUUUGUGGGGAAAUGUGAGCUGAUGUUGGAAGUGGAACGGCCCGUUCCGAAAGCAGAACGGGCCGUUCCAGAGUUAAGAAUUAACGUUGAAAUAGAUCCAAGAAACGACUCGUUUUAAAACCUGGAACGGGCCAUUCUUGUUUUAGCACAACUCGUUCCAAAAUAGAAAUUUACACAUUUUUUUGCAAGUGGAACGGCCUUGGAAUGGCCCAUUCCAGGAGCUGUUUUAACGAAAGGGAAUGUGAUUUGGAACGGGCCGUUCUGGUUUUGGAACGGCCCGUUCUGGGUAAACAGUAAAAACGCAAGUUUUUCUAUAAAUAGGCCCUCUCCCCUUCAUUUUUUUAUGCGAUUUCAGCUAAGUUUGUCUCCUUUACUCCUUUCUUGUACUGCUUCUGAUUCACCUUGAUAAUAAGAAAUUCUUUUUUUGGUUCAAUUUUGAUUAACCAAAUAUCAAAAAUGUUGUUGUGGAAGCAAAAUGAGCAUAGGUCUGCUUUCAUUGGUAGAACGGUAAGUUUAGCACUUUCGUUAUUUACUUUAAAUUUCAAUGAACUUGUAACAAAUUAGUACUAAUUUUGGUUAUUAUUGCAGGAGACUGAGAAUAUUAUUUGUUCUUACUGUCAUUCAAUGCCAGAACCUCACCCUCUAAUUGUUCCUAUACUAGAGGAAGUGGGUUUUUCUGGGGUUGCAAAGCUCAGACAUCUGAAAGUGGAUCACGCAUUAAUCACAGCUUUGGUUGAAAGAUGGAGACCUGAGACUCAUACAUUCCAUUUUCCAACUGGAGAGUGCACCAUAACACUGGAGGAUGUUGCACUUCAACUUGGCUUAAGAGUUGAUGGUUUACCAGUCAUUGGCCCAACAUUAUAUGACUGGGAGGAAAUGUGCUCCACCUAUCUCGGAAUCAUGCCAGUUAAAGUCUUGGGCAUGGCAUCACAUGCCAUAUAUAUUGCGCCUAUUUCCAGGUUACUAGCAACAUUUCCUCUAGUCUGUAAAUGGAGCGGGGGCAGAGUUUUAAACUUUCAAAAUGUACCUCAUAAUGAUGUUGUUGGAUAUAGAUCAAGGUUUGAUCACAUUCAGAAUGAUCAGUUUUUAUGGGCGCCAUAUGGAGUAUUGUAAACAGCAAUACCGAUGCAAGCAUAUAGAGAUUUGGCCACAAAGUUGGACCAGUGUAAGUAGGCCAAUAAUCUUCAUGUCGAAGCUCUCCAAACUGUCCUUCGUAUACCUUUGCAACUUGUUGUAAGGUAUAUAUCGGAGAUAUGUGCCUUUCAUAAUCAUGAUGUGCAUGUAAGCAUGAAGCAAGUACAUGUGAGCAAGGGAUAUGAACUUUCUGGAACUUGCCACAAUCGCACCACAAUUCAUCAAGCCUUACUGCAAAUCUCCUAGCUGGUCGAACUUCUCUGGAAUGUUCCGUUUCUUCCACUAGAAAUCUACUUCUUGAUCUGUCAAAGCUGAUAACUCUAUGAGUAUUUGCCUUAGACUGUGCAUCUUGAAUAGUUUUAUUUGCAAUUUCCGAGUAGACAUGUCCUGCAUUAAUCAUUGCGCCCACUUCCGUACCUCUUUGAACGAAAAACUUGUUGCAACGAGUGUAUGUGGCCAUUACCAUGGAACAAAUUGGCAAAUUUCGUGUUUUCUUCAAUACGGAAUUAAUUGACUCAGCUAGGUUUGUUGUCAUGUGUCCCCAACGUCGUCCAUUGUCCCAUGCUAGUGUCCAUUUUUCCCUAGGAAUGUUGUUUAACCAUUGAGCUGCUUCAACAUUAGU